ACCUCUGCCAAACAACUAUGGUUCCUUACGUGAACCGCCAGUAGAGAAUUUAAAAUGUGUUUAAACAAUCUCUUUACAGCAAUGCGUGCUAUUAUCGUCCUCGCUUUACUUUUUGGAACAAGUGCGGCGACCUCAAACCCCAAAGUGUUGCAUUCUUCCCCCGGUUACUAUGGCAACUACUUCACCCUAAUAUGGCACAACAGGAUCUACUUGUACACCGCUGCAGUAUUUGCCUUUGGACUCUGGUUCUUACUCAAGAUGGUUCUGAAGAAGAAAAGCUUCUCGAACGACGUCGGCUUUACGGGAGUUCACGAAGCCGCGAAGAAAGACGACCUCUGGGAUAGACACGCUGAGCGCCACGUGUCGAGAGUCAAAAUCUUCUACGGCUCUCAGACUGGAACAGCUAAAAGCUUUGCUAAAGAGCUGCAUGAGGACGUGAGGAGUUUGGGUCUUCCAGCCGAGGCCAUUGACAUGAAGGAGUACGACCCAGAAGAUCAUUUGGUUGAUGAGUGCACCAGUAAGUCGGUGUGUGUGUUUCUGGUGGCCACCUACACCGACGGGCAGCCCACGGAAAACGCUGAGUGGUUCUGCAAGUGGUUGGAGGAGGCGUCGACGGAUUUCCGAUACGGGAAGACGUACCUGAAAGGCCUUCGAUACGCAGUGUUUGGUCUGGGCAACUCUGUCUACGUGGGCCACUACAACACGGUGGGAAAACACCUGGACAAGUGGCUGUGGAUGCUGAGCGGCGCUCGCAUCAUGACCAGGGGCGAAGGCGACUCCAACGUGGUGAAGAGCGCCAACGGCAGCGUUCAGGCUGACUUCCUGGCCUGGAAGGUCAAGUUCAUGAACCGAUUGCAGGCUCUGUGUGAGGACGAGACAAAGAACUGCUGUGGGAAGAGCAAGACUUCCUGUGUGACCACGCAGGGACAGGGGGAGGACGUCGAGGAGAACGCCAGUCUGGACAAUACCUGCUCCGAGGAGGAGCCGUUUGAGUCCAGCAGUGAUGAGGAGGCGUCACCCCCUUCAGGGUCCGUGCUGGACGUGGAGGAUCUGGGCAGCAUGAUGAGCAGCGUCAAAGGCGCCAAGCAGAGUGGAGGAGGCGACCAGAUGGUGAAGCGGUCCAAGAAGGGUGCGAGGAAGAGUGAAACGGAAGAGGAGAGACGUGAGAUGAUCACCCCCGCCCUCAGAGUAGCUCUAACCAAACAAGGUUACAAACUGAUCGGCAGUCACUCGGGGGUGAAACUCUGCCGAUGGACCAAGUCCAUGUUGCGAGGACGAGGAGGCUGCUACAAACACACCUUCUACGGCAUCGAGUCCCACCGCUGCAUGGAGACCACCCCCAGCCUGGCCUGCGCAAACAAGUGCGUCUUCUGCUGGAGACACCACACCAACCCGGUGGGAACCGAGUGGCGCUGGAAAAUGGACCCCGCUGAGAAGAUCUUGCAGGAGGCAUUGGAGAAGCACCAGAACAUGAUCCGGCAGUUUAGAGGUGUCCCCGGAGUGAAGGCAGAGCGCUAUGAGGAGGGCCUGUCAGCCCGCCACUGUGCGCUGUCGCUGGUGGGCGAACCAAUCAUGUACCCUGAAAUCAACGACUUCAUCCGCCUCCUCCAUUCACGCCACAUCUCCAGCUUUCUGGUCACAAACGCUCAGUUCCCAGAGGAAAUCAGGACCCUUGUGCCAGUCACCCAGUUAUACGUGAGUGUGGAUGCCAGCACCAAGGAGAGCCUGAAAAAGAUCGACAGGCCGCUCUUCAAGGACUUCUGGAGUCGCUUCCUUGACAGCCUCAAGGCCUUGGGAGAGAAGAGGCAGAGGACGGUCUACAGGCUGACGCUGGUGAAGGCGUGGAACGUGGAGGAGAUGCAGGCCUACUCUGAGCUCAUCGCUUUGGGGCAGCCCGACUUCAUCGAGGUCAAGGGUGUGACAUACUGCGGCGAGAGCUCGGCCAGCAGCCUGACCAUGGCCAACGUGCCGUGGCACCAGGAAGUGGUCGCCUUUGUCCAGCAGCUGGCCGACAUGCUGCCUCAGUACGAGAUUGCCUGCGAGCACGAGCACUCCAACUGCCUGCUCAUUGCGCACACCAAGUUCAAGGUGGACGGCGAAUGGUGGACCUGGAUCGACUACGAGCGCUUCCAGGACUUGGUACGCGCUCACGGAGAGUGCGGGGGCCAGAGCGGCUUCUCCUCGACGGACUACAUGUCCCGGACCCCCAGCUGGGCUCUGUUUGGCGCGAAGGAGCAGGGCUUCGACCCGGUGGAAACUCGCUUUCAGAGACGCAACAAAACCAAAGACCUGUCUGGAUGCUGAUCUGCCCGCUUGGAAUCCUUCCUUGCCUUUUCAAAUGGCAAUUUUUUUUUGGCCAUGCUUUUAUUUUGAAGACAUUCCCUUUCUCUUUUUUUCAGUUUGAGGUUUUUUUUUUUUUAUAAUUAAUGGAGAUGAUUUAAUCUAGCAAGCGCCCCUUGUUUGGCGCUUGAUUAAACUGAUCCUCUCAGCAGCUUCAUUAGCGGCCUCCUGAUGAUUUUAUCUCGGGACGGAUUUCACACAAUCCUUUGCUCCGCACACUCAUUAGUGCGCCGUGCCACGAUGCCUGGCAAAACGCAUGCAGCUGUCAUUGUAACAUGAAAGAAAAUGUUUAAUUGGGACACCAAACGGAGCUGUUGUGACUCAAUGUUAAAGCAAUUGUGCAGGAAGUCAACUUUUUUUACUGCAUCUUGGCGAUGCACUGAAGCGAUCAACAUCCGUCCGCCGCAGAGAUUUCUUUUGUGUACAUUACCAAAGUCACGUGUUUAUUUGCGUGUUUGUACAUUUUUCUUAUCAGUGUUGACGUCGGACCGUUCACAACAUACUUGCCAACCUUGAGACC